GUUUCACUCUGGCUGCCUCCUCAGAGUCGGAGCUUCAGCGGGAGCGGUGCCCAGGCCGAACCCCGGCUGUAGCCCGAGCGCGGCGGUGCCCUCAGCCUGCCCCCUCGCCUUCCUCAGCCUCGGUGCCUUGGAAUUUGUGUUGCCGAGUCAGCAGGCCUUUCGGAUUUGCUCGGCUUUUGUUGUUCGCGUUUAUAUCAAGAUGGGAACUCAAACAAGUCAGUCCUCCUAAGGAUCUACUGUCUCCAUCAAGAAGGGACAGUUUGUGCCAGCUCUCCAGAGAGAAAAGGUCUGCUGGAAGCACUGGGCAAUGAACCCGAGACUUCAGCCCAGAGUGGUCUGAAACCGUUUGGGAAGGAAGAGGGAGUCCUGGGGAAGAUGGCCAUGGCCCCAGGCCCUUCCCUGGCUCAGGUGUACACCAGCCCCGUGGCAGUGGCCGUGUGGGAAUGGCAGGACGGGCUGGGCACCUGGCACCCCUACAGUGCCACUGUCUGCAGCUACAUCGAGCAGCAGUUUGUCCAGCAGAAGGGCCAGCGCUUCGGGCUGGGGAGUCUGGCCCACAGCAUCCCCUUAGGCCAAGCUGACCCCUCGCUGGCCCCUUACAUCAUUGACCUCCCCAGCUGGACCCAGUUCCGCCAGGACACUGGUACCAUGCGGGCUGUGCGGAGGCAUCUGUUCCCCCAACAUUCAGCCCCGGGCCGGGGCAUCGUCUGGGAGUGGCUGAGUGACGAUGGCUCCUGGACAGCAUAUGAAGCCAGUGUCUGUGACUUCCUGGAGCAGCAGGUGGCCAGGGGCAACCAUCUUGUGGACUUGGCUCCCCUGGGGUACAACUAUACCGUCAACUACGCCACCCACACGCAGACCAACAAGACUUCGAGCUUCUGCCGUAGUGUGCGGCGCCAAGCAGGACCCCCAUACCCGGUGACCACCAUCAUUGCCCCGCCGGGCCACACGGGAGUCGCCUGCUCUUGCCAUCAGUGCCUCAGUGGUGGUGGAACUGGCCCCGUGUCGGGCCGCUACCGCCACUCCAUGACCAACCUCCCGGCUUACCCUGUCCCCCAGCCCCCCCACAGGACCGCCAUUGUCUUUGGGACCCACCAGGCCUUUGCCCCGUACAAUAAGCCCUCACUCUCUGGGGCUAGGUCUGCACCCAGGCUGAACACCACCAACCCCUGGGGUGGGGCACCGCCCUCCUUGGGGAACCAGCCCCUCUACCGCUCCAGCCUCUCCCACCUGGGACCGCAGCACCAGCCCCCAGGAUUGUCCACUGCCAGCGGAGCCAGUCCCUCCCUCCCCAGCGGUCCUGCCGGCAGCCCUGGGAGCGUCCCUGCCGCUGUGCCUGUGCAAAUGCCGAAGCCCAGCCGGGUCCAGCAAGCCCUCGCAGGCAUGACGAGUAUUCUGAUGUCAGCCAUUGGACUCCCUGUGUGUCUUAGCCGCGCACCCCAGCCCGCCAGCCCUCCCGCCUCCUGUCUGGCCUCUAAAAGUCACAGCUCAGUUAAGAGAUUGAGGAAAAUGUCCAUGAAAGGAGGGACUCCAAAGCCAGAGCCAGAACAGGUGAUAAAAAACUAUACCGAAGAGCUGAAGAUAGCCCCAGAUGAGGACUGCAUCAUCUGUAUGGAGAAACUGUCCGUGGUGUCCGGGUACAGUGACGUGACUGACAGCAAGACCAUUGGGCCAGUGGCCGUGGGCCGCCUCGUCAAGUGCAGCCAUGCCUUCCACCUGCUCUGCCUGCUGGCCAUGUACUGCAAUGGGAACAAGGACGGGAGUUUGCAGUGUCCUUCCUGCAAAACCAUCUACGGAGAGAAAACCGGGACCCAGCCCCAGGGAAAGAUGGAGGUGUUCAAGUUCCAGGUGUCCCUCCCUGGCCAUGAGGACUGUGGGACGAUACUUAUAGUUUACAACAUUCCUCACGGCAUCCAGGGCCCAGAGCACCCCAAUCCUGGGAAGCCAUUCACCGCCAGGGGCUUUCCCCGUCAGUGCUACCUUCCGGACAAUGCCCAGGGCCGCAAGGUCCUGGAGCUGCUGAAAGUGGCCUGGAAGAGGCGACUGAUCUUCACGGUAGGGACAUCCAGCACCACGGGAGAGACCGACACAGUGGUGUGGAACGAGAUCCACCACAAGACAGAGAUGGACCGCAAUGUGACAGGCCAUGGCUACCCCGACCCCAACUACCUGCAGAAUGUGCUGGCCGAGCUGGCCGCCCAGGGGGUGACCGAGGACUGCCUGGAGCAGCAGUGAGCCCCGGGCCUGGCCGGCCCCAUCCCCGCCCCGCCGCGCCUGCCUCUGGCAGCCAGCUGCCCUCUCCCCCUGCUGCCGGCUGGGCUGCCCCGGGAUGGGCAGGCGGGAAGGUGCCUUUCCUCAGAGGCUGCGAGGCUUGUGGGGGCCCGCCUUCUGCCCCCAUCCUCCCCUCCAGGCCCAGAUCUACACGCGAAUCAGGCAGGCCUGGGGAGUUGUACUUGUGGGGGCUUAAGAUGCAGCUACCUCAGUGCGUGGGGCCCUCUGCCGCUGGCGGGCUGCUUCGGGGCCGUAGUGCCGGGGGCCUGGCGUGGGGUGAGGCGAGACUGCCCCGUCCCCCAUCGUAGCCAGGGCAGGCGUGGGUUCUGGGUCAGCUUCUCAUACCUCAGAUGUUCCGUUUGCAAUAAAUGCCCUAUAGCCAAA